AUGGAGCCGAGAUCUUCUUCUUCACUCUGUAGUUUGAAACCUUCGUUUUUCAAUAUUUUGUGCAUAAACAUUUAUUUACUCCAUAUUACCACGGACGCGGAUGGGUUUAAUCCUCUAAUUAAGCUCCCCACAAAUGGGCUUUACAGAAAUUAUUCAAGCUGCUCAACACCUGUGGUUCUUAAUAUCAAUGAUUUUGGCGCCGAAGGGGAUGGACUUACCGACGACACAAAGAGUUUGCAAUAUGUUUGGAAGCUGGCCUGUUCUUUACCGUCUCGGGCAAAAAUUUUAAUUCCUGCCGGGAAUACGUAUCUUAUCCGGCCAACUGAUUUUUCCGGGCCCUGUCAGUCGAAGGUGACCUUAAGACCUUGCACGCAUGCACCAACGGCUGUUACUUUCCACAAAUGCAAGAACUUGAAAGUUAAAAACAUUACUUUCUUCAACAGCCAACAAAUGCACAUGGCCUUUACCCACUGUACACAUGUAAAGGCUUCUCGAAUCACAGUUAUAGCACCGGCCGAUAGCCCAAACACGGAUGGGAUUCAUAUAAGUGCAUCGACAAAUGUCAAGCUCGAGGAUACUAUUAUACGGACAGGGGAUGACUGUUUGUCUAUAGUGAGCAACUCUUCCAAGAUUCGAGUGAAGAAUAUAGUUUGCGGGCCAGGCCACGGUAUAAGCAUUGGGAGUUUGGGGAAGUACAAUUCAUCUUCUUCAGUGUAUGAUGUUAUUGUUAAUGGGGCAUUUUUGUUCAAUACUGAGAAUGGUGUCAGGAUCAAAACUUGGCAGGGUGGCAGCGGGUUUGCAAGGAAAAUCACGUUCGAGAACAUAUUGAUGAAUAAUGUCUCAAAUCCUAUUAUAAUCGAUCAAUAUUAUUGCGACUCAUCGGCAACUUGUCUAAAUCAGACUUCAUCGGUCAGAAUCGACAGUGUAACCUUUCGCAACAUCAAAGGGACAUCGGCAAAAGAGGAAGCUAUUGUAUUUGCAUGCAGUGAUACCUAUCCAUGCAAAAGGUUAUAUCUCGAAAAUAUUCAAAUUAUUACAUCAACAGACACCGCAAAGUCUUUCUGCUGGGAAGCAUAUGGUACGAGCUCGGGCCUUAUGUACCCACCUUCUUGCCUCUCGUCUGGUGAUAUUAUUAUCCGGCAUCAGGUUAAGUCAAACUCGACAAGGUGGAGCAAAGAUGAUUUUGAUGUAGUUUAGUAAAAAUAAUAUAUACUCUUAGCAGCUUUCUUGCCUUCUUUUUCUGAAUGCAUUCAACAUUAAAUUAAAAACCCCUGAAGUUAGCUUUAUUGUAGACAAGAUUAAAGAUAGCAGUGUUUUUGUUUGUUCAUUUAAGGAACAGGUGGAUUUUGCUAGGGAAAUUAUUGUUUGUUAUGCACUUUACUGGGAUUUUCUGCACUCUUUGCAUGCCUGACUAUGAAUAUUCUGCACUUUAGUAACAGAUAUUAUUGCCC